UCUUGAGUGAUUCUCUAUACAGAUUCUGGAAGGGCAAAAUGGCUGGUAAUAAAGCUGACAUUGCGAGCCUUAUCAAGCAAUUGCAAUUGAAUUUUGCGGCGACAACGAUCGAGAAAGACAAGAUUCGUCCUGAGAAUCAGAAGACUUUUGAGAAGAAACUCAAAGAGUGGAAUAAGCGGUUGAAAGAGACGAUCCAAGAGAUGGGUCAACUGAGUUCUGAGCUUAAUGACAAGAAGGACAAAAAGCAGGUAGUUAAUUAUGCAAAUAGACAUGCUGUUCCAGACCUUACUGGGGGAAGUGGAGAUGCGACAGAGAACUUAAACGCGUGGAAGUCUCUGUUGGAAAUGAUCAACAAACUGAUAGAAACCGCCAUCGCUGACCAGAGCAAGAAAUCUUCUGGUUCUUCUUCUGGAUAAGUAAGGAAUGCAAAGGCAUGAGGACUAUCUCCAAGAGUCCUAGGAACAAACAAGCAACGGCUAGCUGGAGGAUGAUUCCUAUAUAUUUCUGUUAGUAAAGAAUAAAGAGAUACUAUGUUAUCUCAAACUCGUUUUAUCUUUAUCAGUAUCACGUAUUAAUGCAUGGUAAGCCCGCUAUAAAGCUUGUUGCCUGAGGAAUAAAGAUAUUUGGAGAAUUAUGUUGGAUUUUAA